GUAUACCCGCAGCCUUACGACGAAACCGCCACGAGAACUAGAUAACCAUUUUAAGAAUGCCGUAGAUAAAUACCACACGGACUUUGGAGUAGUCAACAAGAAGACAUGCUCUUAUAUGACCUGGUUUUCCAUCACGAUAUCUCUGGCAAAUAUGCUCCCGUACUGCGUUACCAUAGCAACGAUGGCAUCGCCUGAGGCGCCGCUGGCUUUUGUCAACUUCAACUUCGUGUCGCAGACCAAGUAUUCGGUCAAGGAAUCUCUGGGCAAGGACUGCAGGUUUCUACAGGGUCCGGAAACAAAACCCGAGCAUCGGGCACGCUUCAGGGAAGCCUUGGAAAACGGCGAGGCAUGUAUAAGUGAUAUAACGAACUAUAAGAAAGAUGGACAGCAGUUUCCGUGCAGGCUACACUUACAGCCAGUGUAUGGGAAACAGAGCAAACCAGUCUUUUAUAUAGGACUGCAGACAGACAUGUCAAACGUGACGCUCGUCAAUGGAAAUAACGUCGUAUUAGAGCCUUUAUUGGAGUUUUUCGCCGCAAAUAAUAAUUCAAAUACUUAAUUAGGAGUUCAAAACAUAUAAAAGAGAUACAGCUUACCAAUAAAGUUUUAUUAGUAC